UUGGCAUUCCGUUCCUGGGACUUAUAUGAAUAUCCAUUGCUACCCAAAACACGUAAACAUGCUUGGUCUAUAAAAACUUCAUCACAAAUAGAGAAACCACGGUUUGUGGUCAUCGCCUUGCAAACCAACCGCAAACAUAACGCGAAAUUAUCAAUGGCAGAGUUUUUUCAUUGUCACGUACGAGAUGUAAGAGUCUUUUUAAAUUCAUCAUAUUAUCCUUAUGAUGGGCUGAAUGUCAGUUUUUCAGAAGAUAAGUUUGCUUUAUUAUACGAUCAGUAUGCGAGAUUUCAACAGUCGUAUCAUGGACGCCGUUCGAUCGAUGUGAGAGUUGAAAUCGAAACAGACCAAGAAAUACCAGAUCAGACAACCGCUUAUUGCUUGAUAUUAAACGAUUGUAUAUUCGAAUACAUACCACUGAGUAAUAUCGUUAAGAAAAUAUCAUGA